ACUACGGCGUUGGCAGAGAAUAUAAAAAAAUGUGCCUCUUUGCUUCAAGCGUUGGAAGAAUAUUUUGGAACGGAAAUCAGAGGAGCUCGUGGUCAUACAUCCCAGUGGGUUCUAUGCUGUGAGUCUCUACAGCAGUAUUGAAUCCUAGUAGUCUGGACCACAACCACAAACAACCAGUGACGGCUGUAGGACCACUCCACUAGACCGAAACUCAACCACAGACCGUUAGAGGACUUCUCCCUGUUCCACUACCUCACUUACCAAAACCACUGUGGCACGGGAGGAAGAGGAGGAAGAAAGAAGAUCAUGCCCAGAAGGAGAGUAAAUCAUCAGUGAAGAGAAGAGGUGAUGCUUCUGGAUUAAGAAGACAGACAGACAGCAGACCAAGAGACAGACAGGCAGAUCAGACUCACGUCUCUCCAGCGGAUCCUGCUACUUCCUAUCAGAUCAAUCAACAAGACUUCCUGUCGGAGAGAUUAUGAGGAAUAGCUGUUUCACUCCCCACGGCAGUCCAACAGGAAGUGAAAAGACAUGGGGACUCUGCUAAUCACCAUGACAACCAUACAGCUGUGACUGACUGUGUGAGGCCCCUCCCUCUUUUUCUACACCCAAGCUAAACCCAUUCUCCCCUUUCUGAGGACAACCUAGCUACGCCAGUCCAUCCCCCACGCUCUUUCUCCUUUAAACUCAACCUCGCUUUCCCUUAUUUCAACCCCACGUUUCCUCCAUCUUAACAAAACCUCCCUCUUCAUUCCUCCUCCUUCUCUUCCAUCAUCAUGCUCAGCAGGCUUCACACUCACUCCUCCUCUUCCUCUCCAUCUACCCCCACCCUCCUCAUCCUUCCCUCUCUCCUCCUCUUCCUCCACCUUCCGGGCCUGGUCUGGGGGGACUGCUGGCUGAUCGAGGGGGACAAGGGCUACGUGUGGCUAGCCAUCUGCAGCCAGAACCAGCCUCCAUAUGAGACCAUCCCCCAGCACAUCAAUAACACGGUCCACGACCUGAGGCUCAACGAGAACAAGCUCAAAAUGAUCCCCUAUACCUCCAUGUACCGCUUCACCAACCUCACGGACCUCAACCUCACCAAGAACGAGAUCUCCUACAUCGAGGACGGGGCCUUCGCUCAACAGGCCAACCUACAGGUUCUCCAGCUGGGCUACAACAAACUGACCAACCUGACAGAAGCCAUGAUGAGGGGCCUGGGCCGGCUGCAGUGCCUCUUCCUCCAGCACAACCUCAUUGAGGUCAUUGGCAAUAAUGCAUUGGAUGAGUGCCUCAGUCUCAACAGCAUUGACCUGUCGUCCAAUAAGCUGGCUCGCCUCGACCCCUCCACCUUUACCAUUUUGAAUCGCCUCAUGGUGUGUGAGCUGGCUGGGAACCCCUUCCAUUGUGGUUGUGACUUGUACAACUUCCUCACCUGGCUGGAGGCCUUCAAUAACGUCACACACACCUACGACCGGCUCCAGUGCGAGACCCCCAGGGAGAUGUUUGGCUACCCACUCCUGAGUCCCAUCGCGUCCGGCCACGCCGGGCACAACGCUCGGACGAUUCUGUCCUCUGUCUGCCGGGAUGGGGUCUUCAUCCCCGGGAUGACGUCUCUCCCGCCAGACUCAGAUUCCUCCGGAAUGGGCCCGGACAUGUUUGACCGCGUGGGUCCGUACCACCAACCCACCACCUCGUCUUCCUCCACGGAGCACAGCUUCAGCCCCAGCAUCAAGCUCCACCACGUGUCCCUCUUCACAGCCUCUAUCAUGGUCCAGAUCCCCAGACCUUACAGCAAGAUGUACAUCCUGGUGCAGUACAAUAACACCUUUGUCUCUGAUGUCAUGAACCUGAAGCUCAAGAAGGAGAUGAUCACACUGAACAAGCUCAAGCCACACACCAACUAUACCUUCUGCGUGGCCUCCAUCAGGACCUCCCAGCGCUACAACCACACCUGUCUCCAGUUCUCCACCCGAGCCCAGAACCCCGACGACAUGCCGCCAACACCUUCCACCACCACCCACUACAUAAUGACCAUCGUGGGCUGCCUCAUCGGGAUGCUCUGCAUCCUGGGCCUCAUCUACUAUUGUCUGAGGAAGAAGAGGAGGCAUGAGGAGAAGCAAAAGUCCAUCUGUGUGAAGAAAACGAUUCUAGAAAUGAGGUAUGGCCCGGAGGUGGCGGCGGCCGUGGGGAACGACCCGUCUGCGGUGCAGAAGCUCCAGGAGCAGGCCCAGGGUCAGGGCCACCACCAGUACCAGCACCACACGCAUGGGGGCAAGCUACCAAUGUCUGCCUCCUCCUCGGGCAUGCUUCACUCCGCCAACACCUCUUCCUCCAGACUCUCCUCCAUCCCUCAGGAUAAGAUGCCCACCGCCUUCUGUGAUGCCAUGCUGACCAGCAAAGGCAACUACAUGGAUGUGAGGACGGAGGGGGUGAUGAGAGAUGGAGGGAUGGGAGGAGGACAGGGAGGGAUGAAGGAUGAGGAUCUAAGAGAAGAGGACGGGACGGACGUGGGGGAGGAUUCGGACGAUGACGGGCGAGGCUCGGCCUCGGAGAUCUCCACCAUCGCCAUGGAGGUGGAUAAGGUCAACCAGAUCAUCAAUAACUGCAUCGACGCCCUGAAGCUGGACUCUGUCAUGGCCGCCUCCUCCACUGCCUCUUCCGCCACCACCACCACCUCCUACCCCACCUCCCCUCCACCCACUUGCACCUCCUCCUUGACCCGUGGCCUCAUCCCUCUUUCCCCCGGCAUCACUGAGACCUGCCCGGGCCUGCCCUCCCCUACCACCAAGAUCCCCCCUCCACCGCCGCUCCCCUUCUCCGUCCCUCUCUCGGAGCGUCAGGGGAUCAGUGGCGGGGGGUUUGUGUCGCCGCCCUACCGGCCGCCUCCCCCUGCGUCCGCUGUGCGCCCCGUCGUGAGGCAGAUGAGCGCUGACGCUGCGGUGGUGAUCAGUGCCGUGAAGAAGCAGUGCAGCACCUCGUCCUGCAACUCCAUGGGACGUGACCGGGAACGAGGGACCGGAGGAGGAGGCCGGGUCUACAGCCUGGACAUCCACGAGCCCCGCAGCCCGGACCCCUGCCAGCAGUACCCAGGAGAGAGAGGCAGCCCCGCGGGGUGUGGAGAGCCCCUGGAGCGGCUGCCUCUGGUGGGGAGCGGCGGGGGAGGAGGUGGGGGUGGUGGGUGUGGUAGUGGAGGUGGUGGUGGUGUUGAUGGUAUUACCAACCAGCAUCACCAGCACCAGCAGCAGCAGCAGCAGGGGCAGGGACAGGAACAGCAGGAGGACUACCACUGCUCAGAGCACCGCCACUCCGUCCCAGCUCUGUACUACGAGGGCUCCCACCAGGGCUCGCCACACCAGAGGGCCUCCUUCCUCAAGCCCCUGACCCGCUCCCGCCGUGACGCCGCCUCCUACUCGCAGCUCUCGCCCUCCCGCCACCAAAACUACUCUGGGUACUCCUCCAGCCCUGAGUAUUCCUCAGAGAGCUCUCUGAGGAUCUGGGAGAGGUUCCGGCCCUACAGGAAGGGCCAGAGGGAUGAGUCAUGCUACGUCACGGCCGGGAACGCCUUAAGGAAGAAGGUGCAGUUUGCCAAAGGGGAGGACCUCCAUGACAUCCUCGACUACUGGAAGGGCGUGUCAGCCCAGCAGAAGCUGUGAAAGGAAGACAGGAAGUGAGAGUGAGACAUUGUGGGAAUUUUUUUGAGUAAUGGGUCUCUUGUUGAUCCCGGUGAACUACCAAUUUGAGAUGCCAGCCGAAAGAAAAGAGAGAAAAUGAAAUUAAUGAGGGUGGUGAAAGAGUUAAGUUGAGUCUGACUCAUUUACAGUAGGUUUCAUUGAUCCAUGUCAAAACAUGUUAUCAUCAGCAGGACCAGAGCUGAGAGAGAUGACAGUACAGCAGGGUCAUUGUGGACUGUAGGACUACUUCUGGAACCUGCUCAUCGUCUUUACAGUUAUAAUUAGAGACAGGGAGCCCAGGCCAACCAUCCAAUCAGUAUUCAGUGAACACUUCAUGUGGAAUUCACCUGUUGGAGUGUCAUUCUCUGUGCCACACUUUCAUCUGUGUGUAGAGACGGGAAAUCAGAUGACGUAUCGCCUGUUUGUGUCUCUAUUGAGUGUAUGCGUAUGUCAUCGAGUGUACUGUAUGUGUGUGUGUCAGUGUUUUUGUGUGUGUGUGUAUGAGUCAGUCUAAACUCCUACACAUAUUUUUGGGCGCAUGUAGGGCGCGGAGAUAAUGUCUGUGUUGGUGAGACAGAAACACAGUGAGAUAAUAUACAGAGAGAGAGAGAGAGAUAGAUAGAGAGAGAGAGAGCGAGAGAGAGAGCGAGAGAGAGAGAGCGAGAGAGAGAGAGAGAGAGAGCAAUACAAAGGGGGAAAACAUGGUGAUUGUGAACAGAGCUGUCAAGCAGUCUCUCCCUCCUAUCCCUCAGAUCAUCCAUUCUAUUGGAUGGUGCACAAACAUUUGCAUUUCAAUAGUGGCUGUCACAGUCACAGUAAGCUGGGAGGAAUAAAAAGGAAAAACUGAAAACACUCAGGGAGGCUUUACGGUGUGAGGAUGCAGGCUUUUGUUGUGUCUCAAAUGCCACCCUAUUCCCUAAACAGUGCACUACUUUUGACCAGGGCCUAUGGGGAAUAGGCUGCCCUUUGUGACACAGGCUUUGGGUCUUCAGUCAGCCAUAGCACAGGACGAGCCAACCAGGCAGGCAGGGUAAUGCACUGUGAUACAGGCCAGACGUAACCUCCUGUGAAGAUAGGGAAUUGACACAGCAGUGUAAAACAGUAGCCCCGCCCCUGGAGCAGAGACAUGUCGCUAGGAGCUCCAGGGAGGAGGAUCAGGUAUCUGGCCCUACAUGUUGAUCUAUGAUCAGACAUUUAACCUGGACCCUGUGAAUGGGAAUCAGAUUGUGAACAGCUGUAUUGCUGUUAUCGGUGUCUUGGGUAGCGGUCGCUGUGACUUACUGGGUUCUGUAGACAGAUACAGAGAGAGAUGGUGAGACCGUAAAACACAGAGAUAAAAAAAGAGAGUAAGAAAAGAGAAGGGAGAGAGAUACAUUCUGCAUAUUGUGCAUAUUCAUGUCAGCAGAUUAAUGUGGGUCAACAGAGCUAAAAUACAGACAAUGUGCAUCAUUUGAUGUGAGCACUUUGUGUGCUGCUGGCAAUCCUUUUGUUGAGAUGAAUGUGGCUUAAAACGUCCACGUUUAAUAAUGUGAUCAAAAAUGGAUCGUGGUCUUUAACUGGUGACCCACUUCACACAGGUUCACCCACACAGUUCCCCUGUACAGCAGUUCUAUCUCAAGAGAAUAAUACCCCUCUUAUUUCAUGACAACUGAAGGAGGGGCGCAGUAAGGAGGUACACCUUUAAUUAACACCAACACCUCUUUCUGGAUAUUAACACCAUGAGCGUCCACUUUAAUUAGACACACUCAUUAGCAAUUAAACAAGACUGUGUCAUGGGGAGGUUGUGUACGUGUGUGUGUGUGUGUGUGUGUAUAGGGUCGGUCAAUAUGCAGCAGUGGGUUGUGUGUAGAGUGCUUAAGCUAAUUGAAUUAGAUCUGCCUGCCUGGCUCGAGAGUUGACUAGGAGUCUGUGAGAUUGGAAUAUUGACAGGCAACUGUGGAGAAAUGCAUAAAGAAGGAGAGAACAGCUCAUAUCCACCUACACACAGACACAGAGAGAGAGAGAGAGAGAGAGAGAGAGAGAGAGAGAGAGAGAGAGAGAGAGGGUACAUUCACCUAGUCCACUUUAAUGCAUGACCCAGCUGUUAACCUUUUCAGUAGAGUGACCUGUGUGUAUUAAUCCUAUAGGAGGCAGUCUGUCAUUGGAACAGCUGGCUGCGUAUGAAGGACCAGUGUUGGGGAGUAGUGAACUACAUGUAGUCCAACUAGUAAUGUAACUACAUUUUGCAGUAACUUGAUGGUAGCUGAGUUAAAUUACAAUCUUAGUAGUGUUUUCAGAAGUUCUUUACUUUUCUGAGGUCUGGCUAGCUACUGGAACUACACACUACUUUUUUUUGUGCAAAAAGUAGGAAAAAAAACAAUAUGGCAUCAGACCUGCCUAAUUCUCACUUGAGACAUAGUUUUUGUGUUUAAUAGGAUAAAUUACACAUUCUGUUAACAUCUAAGUACAGAGCGAUCUGUUCUUGCUAUUUGUAUUCUAUGACAUUUCAAAUGUACAUAUCAUUUUUCAUGGAGUAGUUUGGAUGCAGUGAACUGCUUUUUAAAAGUAACUUUAGUUCAGUAAACUAUAAACUCUUUCUUAAGGGCAGCUUUGGUGUAGUUUAACUUCUUCCAGUGUGCAGUAAUUGGUAGCUUGGAAAACUAUAUUUUCAGAGCAGCUUCCCCAACACUGUUAAGAACACACUGACAGGUUGGAGUCACCUCUCUAGAGAAAUGGGAAACAGGGGAUAUCCUGUGCUGAAGUCUCCCAGGUUAGAUGGACCGAUAUGAUUUACUAUGACUUUACAUACAGCAUUUUAGUGCAUUGAAUGAACUCUCCAGAGGUGAUGCAUUUGAUUUAAAAUAGGGGUCAAUAGGGUACGUUUCUAUCAAUAGCAACAGUGUUGUAGUGUGAUGUAAGGUGGUAGCCAAGGAGAUACUUUUCAUAAGGAGAAAAUGUUCCGAAAGUGAAUUUCAGCCUCCCUCUCUCUCUUUCUCUUUCUUUCGCUUCUUCACCCUCUGUGUCCUCUUGUAUGAGUGUUCACUGUUCCACACUGCACACACACACACACACACACACACACACACACACACACACACACGCCCCUAAGCGCCUGGGCCUAAUGGGAAUGUGGCUUCAGUGGUGUGUAGCGAUUGAACACGACAUCUCUGCAUGGGCUUCAGCAGAAUAACACCUGUCCCCCUUUAUCCAAGGAGAAAAGCUGGAAAUGACCUUCCUCUGAGAGUUGGAUUGUAUUAGCUCUCCUCCUGCACAACAUUUGUUUCACUCCCUCCUUUUCCACUUUCUCUUCCUUUUUCUUUUUUCCCAAAUAUUUUAUCUUGUUUCACCUGCUGUUUGUGAUGAAAUGAUGCAUGUUGAAUACAAACCAGUCUGUGGGUGAGAGUGGUUAAAAUGAGUAAAUGUUAUAUAAAUGUUACCUGGAUGUUACAAGGGGUGUUUUUUUUUCUCAGUUCCCUCAGCUCUCUCUGUUUGAAGUAGUGUUGGGUUAUGAUUGGUUUAUCCUGCGAGACUGAUCUGAGGUCAAAGGUCAUAUUCCAUACAGAUCCAUAGUGCCGCCAUUUUGGUUUUCCAUUGGAACCGACAAGGUCCUGAAGGAAAGAGUCACAAUGCCAGCUCUCUCAGUGAAAGAGGAGAGAGGACAUCUCACUGGAUUUACACAACUCUUUCCAGACUCUCCAGUCUUCCUGAAGGAAACAGCUACAACAAACAAACAAUUAUGUGGAUUUAAAGGUACGAUAACCACUGAUCUCCUCUCUCAGAGACACUACACCUGAAAACUCUACAGAGGAACUGCUAUGCUACCGGAGGCUAACUGUGACUGACUCUGCCCUUCACCAUUCACACACAGAGGGAUUCUCAAGGAACCUGGCGAGAACGUUUAAAAACACACGAUCGGAUAGGUGACUUUUUUGUCAUUUUGGCUCCAAAUCCCUGAACUCCUAAUGUAAGUUUACAGACAUUGACACGUGUGAGAAAGUGUCCUGCCCCUUCAAAAAGACUCAGACGGUUGACAAAGCUGUGAAAGGAUUUCCAUCUGUACAAACCAGAGCCCAUACAUACAACCAUUACAACUGCCACCAUUUUCAGUGUGUUUGAAGUACAAUGUAACAAAAAAAGAUGUUUGGUUUGGUUGUUUCAUACUACAGUUUCAUACGUUUCAGAUGUUUUUAUGACUCAAUUUGCCAUUGGUUUGUUUUCUAUUCUAAAUUGUCAACUGUUUGACUCAAUUUGCCAUUGAUUAGUUGUUCUAUCUAAAUAGGAUGUAUGAAUCCCUAGGAGGAGUAAGACUGAAGCUCAUUCAAGUGCUCUCCUGCUCAAGGACCUGCCUCGAUCAUCACACAUCGUUUCCACAACAUUCCCAGAGUGCUUCUGUCACGUCAUAGCAACGUUUGCCCAUUUGUAAAAUGGUCCUUUAGCCAAAUACAGUGGCAAUUAUAUUUGUAUUUUGUAAUAAUAAAAAAUAACCCAGUGGGGGCUCUUCUCUCUG